GGGGCUCUGAGGAGGGAGCGAUAGGCAAGAUGGCGGCGCUGAGGCGCUGUUGGUGGAUGGCGCGGUGCGGUCGGGUCAGCAGUUGGUGUUCUCCUUCGUCGCACAGAGGACGAGCGCCACUCGGCCCCCCGCCGGCCCCUGUCUGCGCGCUGGGCCGCUCGCUGCGGUGGGCAUCGUCCUCCUCCCAGCCGGGCCCGACGGAGAGCGACUCCAACGAGGGACAGGUAUACCUCAGCGAGAGCUGCGUGAAGAGGCUGCUGGAGAUUGCAGAAGGAUCAGAGUUUCUCAGGCUGCAGGUGGAAGGAGGUGGUUGCUCGGGGUUCCAAUACAAGUUUUCUUUGGACACGGUUAUAAAUCCUGAUGACAGGGUUUUUGAACAAGGUGGUGCCCGUGUAGUUGUGGAUGUGGACAGCCUGGCCUUUGUGAAAGGUUCCAUGGUAGACUUCAGCCAGGAGCUGAUUCGCAGCUCAUUCCAGGUGGUGAGCAAUCCUCAGGCAGAGAAGGGAUGCUCCUGUGGGACUUCCUUUUCUGUCAAAUUCUGAUUGGACUUCUUAUGGAUGACUGCUGGCUGCAGAUGUUUCCUGGCAGUCUUCAGAGGGUUUUGUUUGAUCGUUUCCCAGUUGAUCCUUCUCAUCUUCCUAACCCUGUAAUACAGCAGUUACAGAUGACACCAGCUGUAUGUGUCUGAACUGAGCCUGUUUCCAAGACUUUUUGGCCUUCCUCUCAGAAAUAUGAAGUAGCCAUAAGCACGCAAACAGAAGCAUCUUCAGUGCUUUGUGAAUCACCUGCUCAGUGGCGCAGACUCAUCCUGCCUUCUCCAGAAUGUGGAACCACUUGUCUCUACAAGAGAUGGCUGUACAUAUGUGUGUGUUUAUUGAGAGUUCUCACUAAAAAAAAUAUAUUUAUUUGAGCUCGUUUGGUAUUACUCAUGCAUUUCUGGUGGGUGGAAUCUGGGUUCAUUCCAGCUAGGACUGUUUACCAAUUUUUUUUCAUCUGAAUUGGAUUUAUACCUACCAGUGUUGCUGGCUGUUCAACGCUCUGUGGGCUUUUCUGGACACUUAGCUUUUUCAAGCUGGUCUCAGUCCCAGGAGCCCAUAGUAGUUUUGCUCUCAGUCCCUGGAAUGAAAGUUUUGGCAUGUUCCAAUUAAGUGAAGCUCAAAGACUGAGGUAGGAAGGAUUAAUAGCUAUUUGUUUUAUUUUAGAAGGAAAAAAAAAAAAAAAAGUGGUGUGUGCAUAUGUAUAUAAAUAAAAUACACAGCCUUCUAUCCCCAGUGCUGUUUUAGGUUGUUCCUAAACAUGUCUUGGCUUUUUAUAUCAUACAAUCUCUUAAGUUUCAUAGUGAAUCCACUGUCUUCCUAACAGGAAAGGAAGUUUAGGUGACAAAGGCAAAGAAGUUCUGGAGUAUUGCGUGAGUGACCUUAAGUCAUUGUGACUUAACUGAGAAUAAUUUGCCUCACCAUUUAUCCUGUCUGGUGUUAUGAAAGAGUUAAACAACUCUUUUCCUUUCUGAAAUUUCCAAAAAAAAAAAAAGGGAAAAAUAGAGGUUUCCAAGAUAACAACAUUUUGAUUAGUUUUCUGUAUCUUUUUAUCUGCCACUAGAUGUCUUUUAAAUCACGUGCUUCUUUUAAAUCUUUAAAUCACGUGAUUCACGUGCUUCUGGGUGAGAGAUGGAAAAACUAUUUUUGUUCCCUCUCUUGUGUUUUAUCUGAUCAAAACCAAAUUGUCGAAGACUUGAAUCAUUCUCGUGAGUCUGGGAGGACUGCUUGACUUUGGUUUCAAGGGAACUGCUUAAAGCAAACCAUGAGGUUUUGAGGACCCAAUGCCAUAGGCAUUCUUCUUGUUGUUAAGCUUACAGAAUUCCUUUCUGAGCUAGUCAGCAGCACAUACAUAUACUUUGUGUCCGUCUGCUGAUUUCUCAUGCUUAGUUUAUAGCCAGACAAUGUUAGCUUCAUCCAUAAACUAUGCAGUUUUGUCACUUGAGGAAUAUGGGUGGGCUUUGGAGCAGCAGUUCCUUUGAUCUGGUGCUUUUGAUUUGUUCCCUGCAGUCAACGUGCUUAUGUCCCUAUCAAACAGAGCUGGAAGUGGUGCUGUAGUGAGCCAAAGGAUAUGAUGAAAAGACUUCCCUAAACCCCUGCAGGAUACCACAAUCUCCUAGGUCUUGAAUUGAAUGUCUGCCAAAAAUGCCUUCAAAAGAUAGAAGACCUAAAAGCAUGUGUAGGUAGAAGACAUUAGAUAUAUAUUUUUUUCAGGUGGGAUAGCAGAGCAAUGAAAAAUUGCUUUCUGAAGUAGAAGGUAUGUAAUCUAGCUCUUGGUCUGUUUCAUACGAUUGGACCUUGGUCAAGUCUCUUUUGGCACUUUUCAAUGGAAAAUGUAAGUGCAGGAGUAGUGAAGGGAAAAGAGGAAACCAGCAAAUAGCAAGGGUUAGUUUUUGUUUUUGUAAAUGAAAACCUUUCUUUAGCCCCUAUAAGUAUUCCACCUGGGUUACUGUACUUAGUAAAUGUGUACGUGCUCUGUCUACAGAACCUAACCAGGUGCCACUUUCCCACUCUCCACUGUUCAAGUAAAUCAAGCGAGUGCUGUCUGCAUGGCGUGCAACCACUUUCAGAUAACUUGCCUCCUUCUUUGCAGGGACUGUAUGAAGGAUGAAUCAUAGAAUCACCAAGGUUGGAAAAGAUCUCCAAGAUUCUCCGGUCCAACCAUAAAUGAAAUGUUGUGUUCAUACCAGCGUCACCAGCAGCCUGUUGCUGGGCUCAGGGGAAGCUUGCAUGCAUGCCUUGCUAUCUGCACUUUUGGUAGUACUGCUGUAACUGCACUAGGUGGACCCCUUACUCUUUAGGAUUGGCUGUUCUGGACAAGACUUGCAGCUUGAGUAAGGUUGAAUGUGCUCCUUGCAGGACCUAUGCAGGAACAAAAGUUUCUUUGGAGGCAGGCUAGAGCUGAUUUUGUCUUAACUCUAGACUCGUAGUCUUUAUGUCAGAGAAAUUGGUCAGAGCUGGAGAGGCUUCAUCUGUACAGUGCAUUGCUCUUGACCUGCUAGUCCUGCUUCCUGUCAGCAGCUAAAAUCUACUGGCCAAAACUACUAGUCUUACUGUACCCAGUAUGGAAUGGAUGCUAAAGGCUUUGUUAUCUCUGUAACCAUGUUGUCUUAAAAAAGUAUAUCUGAAAGAAACCCAUGUCAGUACAUUAUAAAUUGGAAACUUCUGUGUCUAGGAAGCUGGCAAGGGGGUCAUAUUGCAGAAUGGAAUUAAGGUGACCUUGGUGAAUUUUGCCUAUAUAGGCAAUAAAGGCUGGAUUCUGGUUCUGGCAGAAAUUGGAAAAA